AUGGGCGACGACUGGUGGGACGACUUCUCCAACAACCUUGCUACAGAUCUUGCUCCCCUUAUUAGCCUUUUUGGAGAAAAUCCAACCAAGCAGUAUCUCAGCGAAUGCUUAACCAUUCUAGAUAUUGUUAUAUUCUCUAUGGCCCCCCUUGGAAUCAUUACUGCUGUCGUAUCUGCAAUUCGAGUAUGUGGGACGCCAUCUCUUAGAGCUUUUGUCGGAAGAGCUCAAGAGGGAGCAGGUACAGCCGAGGCAGAAUUGUGCUCAUCUACUAGCCGCGAUGUUUGUGAGCUUUACACUAAUGGAGGCAUUGCUCGUGUUUUCGGUCGUCCUAAGCUACUCGAAGUUGUACACGAUCCCAAGUAUUCGGGCAAUGCAUUUCAUCCUACAGAUGGAAGCAAGCCAACAGCUGGUAUAUAUUCGUUCCAGCAAUACAUCAAAACAGAGCGCGGAAGACAAGAAUGGAACGAGACGCAAAACCGAAAUAAAUCUGCGGGAUCAGACGAGGAGAACUACGUCAGAGCAAAGCCAGCACGCUUUGCACCAAAUCCAAAUCUGUCUCUCAAUAUUGGGAUCAAGCCAUUGAGUCGUAGUUGGUUUAUUUUUGCGGCCAUACUAGGGAUUAUGAUGCAGUCCUUCGUAUUGGUAUGGGCAGUUCUCACAAGAUACCACUAUCAAUGGACACGAAGCCCUAAUGAAGGUAAACUCUAA